UUACUAUCCAAGCUAUACUGGAACAACUGUCUUACUUGCAUUUCAUCAAUCUGGCUAACAUUCAUAGAUAUAGAUUAAUACACAAUCUGUUUUUGCAAAGGUUCCCCCUAGUGAAUGUACUUGAGACGAGGUACUUGCCCAGGUAAUGUCAGUAGUACUUGCAAUUUUGUCACAAGUCACAUAAAAAAUACUUGUGCAAAUAAAGUUAAGUACUUGUCACGUAUUUUUGAUCCAGUCAAAAUGUAGUGGAAUCUCUUUAUUUCGACUGCGGAAGUGUUGCGCUAACUAUGGAUAUUUCCAGUUCCAAGUGCUUAAGCAAGUAAUGUUUAUAGUACUUACGAUUUGCUGCAAGUAUCCAAGUACUUGGCCUCAAGUACAUUCCACUAAGGUCUAUAUUAUAGACUUAAAAAAUAAUACUAUCGUCUGAUAGCUUACUUUUCAUUAUACUUUUAGAUAAAAAUAUGAAUGAACAGCUGAUUGUAAGUGGAACUGUUGUCAUCAAUGGUUUAAUUGAACGUUGUGAAGGUAAAUGUGAUGAUUUAGAAGAAUUAAACGUAAACUUAUGCGUUGAAUAUGGUUUAAACGAUGGUCAUGAGCGAGUUCUUCAAUAUUUCGAUAAUUAUGUUAAUUAA